GGCCAGGAGAGAUGUGUGUUUCAGGUUAGGGUUUUUAGGGUGUAGGGUUUGAGCAGCAGAGGUCUCAAAAAUGGAAGAAAUCACUCAAGGAGUCAACAACAUCAUCUUGGCUAACGAUUCCCACAAGAAGAACCGGAUUCAAGUCUCCAAUACCAAAAAGCCCUUGUUUUUCUACGUUAAUCUCGCCAAGAGAUAUAUGCAACAGUACAAUGAGGUGGAGUUGUCUGCCCUUGGCAUGGCUAUAGCGACAGUCGUCACGAUUGCAGAGAUACUAAAAAACAAUGGUUUGGCUGUUGAGAAGAAGAUCACAACUGCAAUCGUUGACAUGAAGGACGACCUUAGAGGGCAUCCAGUCCAAAAGGCAAAGAUUGAGAUAUUGUUGGGAAAGACCGAAAAAUUCGAUGAAUUAAUGGCAGCUGCUGCUGAAGAAAGAGGUGGUGUAGAUGGAGAAGAGCAGGGUUGAACCUUGAUUUUUAUUUGUUAGUUUAUGGUGAUCUGUUUUCUUUUUUUUACAAAUUGUAGGCGUUUUGAGUUAUUAUCUUGCUGGAAUGUUGAA